UCGGUGCCGAAGCUUCGAUGUGCUUGGUCAGAAUGCAGCCGCUGUGUCGAGCCGCAUUGACAUUGGGUCAACGAACCGCUUGGAACACCUGGAAGCAAUGCCAAAGCAGGCGCAUCGCUUGCCUUGCGGCGCUAUCGGAGACGCACCAGAUACUGCAGAAAACGUGUCGUGAGUUUGCCAAUGCAGAGCUGGCCCCACAUGCAGCGCGACAUGAUCGUGAAGAGCUUUAUCCCGCGCAGCAAGUGCAGCGUCUUGGUGAGCUGGGACUGUUGUCGGUGACAGCGCAGGAAGAAUACGGUGGCGCUGGUCUGGAUUACCAAGCGUAUGUCAUUGGCAUGGAAGAAGUAGCUCGCGGAGAUGCUGCGCUAUCCAUUGUCAUGGGCGUCAACAAUCUGUAUUUGGGCGCAGUGCAGCAACAUGGCACGGAGCAGCAGAAGCAACAGUUUCUAGCGCCUUAUACGCAAGGGCAGCAUAUUGCCUUCUAUGCGCUCUCGGAGCCGGACUGCGGCUCGGAUGCCAGCGGGCUCAGCACGUUAGCUAAAAAGAAUGGCAAUGAUUAUCUUUUGAAUGGCACAAAGGCUUGGAUAUCAAACUCUAAGGAAGCCAGUGGCGGUCUCAUCUUUACAACAAUUGACAAAGCGUUGAAACACAAAGGCAUUACAGCUUUUCUAACAGCUAAGCAGGUGCCCGGACUUACCAUUUCGAAGAAGGAGAGCAAAAUGGGUAUGCGCGCCAGCAGCACGUGUCAACUAACGCUGGACGAUGUGCCAGUGCCGCAAUCCCAGAUACUUGGUGAGCUUGGCGGCGGUUUUAAGAUUGCUAUGCAGUCGUUGGACUGCGGUCGCAUCGGGAUUGCAGCACAAUCAACUGGCAUAGCACAAGCGGCGCUCGAAUUGGCCACCGAUUAUGCAGAGAAGCGUUUGGCUUUUGGUAAGCGCUUGUCGCGACUGCAGCUUAUACAGCAAAAAUUAGCGGAUAUGGCUCUGCGAGUCGAAACGUCUCGUUUGCUCACUUGGCGUGCUGCCUGGCUAAAAGAUAAUGGACUGUCAAUAACUAAGGAAGCAGCCAUGGCGAAGCUUCAUGCUUCCGAAGCAGCCACCUUUUGUGCUCACCAGGCGAUACAGAUUCUGGGUGGCAUGGGCUACGUUACGGAUAUGCCAGCAGAGCGCCUUUAUAGGGAUGCACGGGUUACAGAAAUUUACGAAGGCACUUCGGAAAUUCAGCGUUUGGUGAUUGCCGCGUCAGUAAUAAGAGAAUAUGCUAGUUAGCUAGUUUGAGACUUUAAUAAUGUAACUAUUAAAAAGU